AACUUCAAAGCUUUCUUUUAUCUCCAUGGAUUUCAGCAACUCAAAAACCAACUCACCUUCCUCUUCUAAAAAUAAAAGAAAGCAGCAGCAACCUCAGCAGCAACAACAGCAACAAGAAACAAGAUUCUUGGGGGUAAGGAGAAGACCAUGGGGCAGAUACGCAGCUGAGAUAAGAGACCCUUCCACAAAAGAAAGGCAUUGGCUUGGCACCUUUGACACUGCCGAGGAAGCUGCCUUAGCAUACGAUCGUGCCGCUCGCUCCAUGCGUGGCUCCAAGGCUCGAACCAAUUUUGUCUAUUCCGAUAUGCCAGCUGGCUCAUCUGUCACCUCCAUCAUCUCCCCUGACGAAUCACAGCACGACAUGUCAUCCAUUUUUUCGAUUAAUCCCCCUUUCCUCCAACAAAAUGAUGCUAACCAGAACCAUCUUCUCCUCACUCAAGACCCUUUCAAUGCAUGCCAGUUUUCUUCCGGGUUAGCAGCAGGGGAUGGGUGGACCCAAGAAAGUGAUACGGUUGGGUCUUACAGGCCCAUUACUGGUGUCACGGAUGCGGGAAAUGGUGGUUCACAACAGUUCAGCGAUGACUCUGAACUGCCACCUUUGCCUCCUGACGUCUCCUCUACUUGUUAUGGGUCUGGAAUUGAUGCUUCCGAUAUGGGUUAUGGAGCUUGGAAUGACACAGGACUUUUCGGGCUCCCGGAUCAAGCAUCAAAUGGGUUUGACUCAGGAAUGAGUGGACCGUAUAUGGGUUUUAACUCUUACGAGUUUGUGCAACACAGCCCACUUUUUGGGAAGAUGCCAGGGGUUCCUGAUACGGCAGCUGACGGAUUCGAUUUGGGUUCUUCAUCGGGUUACUUCUUUUAAUAGCUGCCACAAAAGUAAAAAGUGCUACAGCCACUACCUGCUACAACCACUACCAGUACUAUAUAUCUUAUCAUGAAAAUUAAUGCGUCAGUUUAGUUUUGAGGUCUUGCUGUUACUGGCUUUCUUUUUUGAUGUUUUCAGCGGUAAGUAACGGAUUCUUGGGUUGUUGGAUUUUGAUACAUUUUGGGAAAAUGGUCCUGCUUCUAAGCC